UUUUGAAUAAAAAUCUAGUUUAAAAAAAAAAUCUACUACUAAUAAUAAAUAUGUUUUAUUCAAUUAGAUGCUCAACAACAACAUUGUUGCCAUCAUUACUAUUAUUAUUAUUAUCGAUGAUAAUAAUGGUUAAAAUUAUAGAUAUGGUAGACAGUGAUACUGUUGGCUAUAAUAAUAAUACUAAUAACAAUAGUAUUGAAUAUCGUGUUAAUGGUAACGAUAAGGUUAGUAUAGCUGAUGCUCCCUGGGUUGUAUCCAUACGUAACACCGAAAAAAAUGCGGAACUAAUAUGCGGUGGUGUUAUAGUUGACAAGUAUUGGUUACUUACGACUGCACAAUGUAUUGCCGGUCGUUCAAUUCAAAACAUGUUUGUAGUCUCGGGUAGCGAUAAGUUACACGAUAUUCAACAUAAACAUAAUAUCGAUAAAAUUGUUUUUCCUGAUUUAACAGACAAAAACAAACUGUCUGAUAGUAAAGUCAAACAACUAUCAGACAACAUUGCAAUGGUCAAGAUUAAACAAGCUGGAUUCAAUUUUCAAAAUAAAAAUAUCCAAAAAAUUCAACCAUUUUUAACUAAGGAGUUAUCUGAUAGUUUAGAUAUGACUGUAUAUGGUUGGGGUAGUAUAGGUUUAACUAGUCGAUCAACCAUUAAUGAAACCUAUCAUGAUAGAUUAACUAAGUUAGCGAUAAAAAUAUUUUCAAAUGAUUAUUGUAGUGUUGAACAAACAAAUCUAUAUCUAUACUGUUUGUAUAGUAAAACCAAUGGAGCUAGUCGAUAUGAUCGUGGUGGACCAGUAGUUGUACAGCAUAAUGGUCAAAAGUUAUUAGCUGGUAUAGUAUCAUAUACUUACUAUGAUACACAAAAAAAUGCGAAAAAAUAUACAAUUGUAUCAUCAGUGAGACCUUGGUGGAUUUGGAUUCAAAAAACAAUUAAGACUAAUUAAUGUGUAGAUUAUUUAAAAUAAAAGUUACAAACAUACACACACACAUACAUUAACAUUAACACAUAUACAUAAAUACAUUUACACAUACACAAAAAUAAAUACACACAUAUAGCCAAACAUAUAUAAACAUACACACACACAUAUACAUUCAGAUAAACAUACAUAUAUACGCAUACACACACACAUAUACACAAACAUAUAUACACGAAAAUUAUUUGUUAUUUAAAACAAUUAAAACUAAAUAAAUUUAAAAAAAAAAAUACAAAAAUAAUAAUUUUUUAAUGCAGACAUACACAUACAUAUAGAUAAAACAAAUUAUAUUAAGGUUUUUUUUGAUGCAGAAAUAUUUUUAGGUUUUUUUUUACUUUUUUACUCUCUCUCUCUUUCUCUCUCUCUCUCUC